CCCGCGCCCCCCGGCACGGCAUCACUACUGUGUCUCCUGGCCCGCUGGCAACAUCUCCUGUUAUGUUUGUGUUAUCGUUAUCGGUGUUCCCCAAGUGACUGUUUUGGGACCGUUGUUUUUUAUUGCUGUUUAGUUACUUUCCUGGACUUUCCAGUCUCAGUUUAUCGUUAUCAGUGACUGUUUUGUUUGUGUUGUGAUAAGCCAAGAUGAAUAUCAGGCAGGAGCCGAUAAGGAGCUACAUCGUCCACUCCAAUGACUUCGACGAUCAGCCUAUCUCAAGGACCUACCAGUAUAGAAAGGUGAUGAAACCUAUGCUGGAGCGCAAGCGGCGAGCACGUAUCAACAGAUGCCUGGACUCUCUCAAGGAGCUGAUGGUAACCGCUCUCCAGGCCGAGGGCGAGAACGUCAGCAAGCUGGAAAAGGCCGACAUCCUGGAGUUGACGGUCCAGCACCUCCACAAGCUGCGGCGUCAGCAUGCCCUGGGGCUGACUCCCGAAGUGGCCUAUGCUGACCGCUUCCGCGCCGGGUUCACCCACUGUGCCGCCGAGGUCUCCCAGUACCUCGCUUCCACCAUGCAGACCGCCCCUGGGGCAGAGCCCUCCAUCGACCCCUCCUCUGGAGUCAAGCUGCUGCAGCACCUCAGCUCCUGCAUCCGCCGGAUCGACGACAACUCCAACCCCGAGAUCAGCAACCCCUACACUACUCCUCCCUGCUCUCCCCAACCACCAACUCCCACCCCCACCCCCACACUCCUCAAAAGUGACGAUCCCUCUUCCGUCUGGAGGCCGUGGUGAUCACCUGUAAAUAUUUAGGUUAGAUAUUGUACAUUUGUAUAGUUUCGGGUUUUGUUGGAGAAUCCCCCUCCCCACUUCCUCACCCUUCCAAUCCAAACAAUUCUCUUAUAAUUGUUACUUAAACUUGAGCCCAACCUAACUAAUGUGAUUUACAACUGGGGUGUUCUGUUUUAAAUUUCAAUUAUUUAGUAUUGAUUGGUUUGACAAUAUUAUUCUCCAAUAUUAUCUUUUUGUUAGAGUUAAAUUGAAUGUUAAUGUUAAAUUUAAGUUUUUACAAAAUCAAGAGCUUCCAUUGCGUUUGUUAAUAAAAUAAUUUUAAUUAUUGUAUUUUCAUUUUUAUAUUUUGUUAAUAUGUGUAGUUUUCAUGUGAUGAUUGUAAAAGAAAUAAAUAAAUAAAAGUUUAUUUUUAACUUUUAUUUUGUAAAUAUUGUAGAAAAGCAAGCAUAUGCCAAAAGUUUAAACACUUAUAAUGCCGAUGAUGCCUUUGUUGAGCAAUUAUAAUUAGUACUGUCAGUUGCAGUGAAACAAAACUCAAUUCACAGUUUAUAAUUGUAAAUUGCUAUCAUGUAAUUAAAAUUAAUUUCAAUUGUAUCAUUUAAUGUAAAAAUUGAAUUUAGUUGAAGACUAUUUUCUCGGAUUGAUCCGUUUUAUUUAAAGUUAAAGAAAUCGUACGUAAAUUUUAUAUUUUCAAGAUUAAAUUUUACAGAUAUUUUUUAUUUUUUUUUUAUUUAAAAAAUGUAUUAAUGGAAUAUCUCAAGUAGUGAUAUUUUUUUAAUAAAGUUUAAGGAGUUAAAACAUUAACUUUCUGACCAUUGUUAACUGUUGCAUUUAUAACUCGAAUUUUUAAUUCACACCAUAUUGUUAAAGUUUUACCCCCUUUACCUUUUUAAAUUGUUAAUGUUCGUUAUUGAAAUUCUUCCGUUAUGUUUAUAACUACUAAACUGUUACUUGUUUGUUAUUCCCCUUAGUACUUACAACCCACCUUGAUAAUGUAUGAGACUGUGAUACCCCUAGAGUACCUGAGAGUUGUGACUUUGUAUAGUGUAGCCUAUUUUUAGUUGUGUGAUACUUUCUUAGUUUUUAGUUGUAGAUGAACAGUUUAUUACUGUGCAUUACUACUGUCAAAGACAAUAAAUUAUUGAUUAUAUUA